ACAUUUAACACUUUAUUCAUGUCAAAAAUUCAACCAAAGGACGGCGCUUCUUUAUGGUUUAAGAAUAAAUUUGGACAUGCAAAAUUGAAAACUACUGAUUUUAAAACUGAAUUAGCAAAACGAUUGGCACAAAGGAGGCAUAAAGAUUUGGAAAUGAGACAUAAUUUUUACAAUGUAGAAAAUGAAAUUUCUGAAAAUGAAGAAGGGGAUAGUGAGUGCGAGGAAGAAUUAUCUGAUAAUGAAUUGCAUAAAUCUAAAAAAGAAAAUAUAAUGAAUGAGAAUGAAGUUAAAAAUAAUGAAGUAGAAAAUGAGGAGAAAGAAGAAUUAGAAAAUGAUAACGGGCCGAAUGUUGAUGUUUCUGAUUAUGAAGGGGGUGAAGAAGAAAAUGUUGAGGACGAAGAAUAUACUGACAGUCAAGGAGAAAAGGAAGAAGAAGAAAAUGAGUCAGUGUGUGGUGAUUAUGUUUCGAAUAAGAAAAUGUAUGUUAUUGAUGAUGACGAGGAUAUGGAUGAAGAGAAGAGUGAAAAUAUUAAUUUGAAAGAAGUACAUAUUCAAUCUGAACUUGUUGUUAACCAAAGCGUUGUUGACCUUUUCACUGUUGAAGAUGAUGAUGGAGAUAAUCAACUGGGUAAAUCAAUCGAUGAAGCAGAGAAGGAGGAGGAAGAUUUUGAAGAAGAAAUUCCUAAAAAUGUAGCAGAGUCAAAACAACAAAAUUUAAAAGAAAUGUUUGAUGAUGAAGCGUCUCUGUCUGGUGAUGAUAUUGGUUCAGAUCGCGACGAAAUGGAUGAUAUUGAAGGGAUGGAUGAAUAUGAAGCUGAAGAAGGAGAUCAUGACAAGUUAAAUGAAGAUGAAAUUAGAGACAAUUUAAUUAGACAAUAUAAUAAAUAUGAAAGGGAUGCGGACGAUAAACGUUUGUUAAAAUUGCAAGAGGCGUUUUUUGCUGAUUCUGAUCUACAUAAUCAUGUAGGAAGCAGUGACAGAAGCUUUCGUUUUAGAAUGCAAGGAGAUUCAAAAAUUGAUUGGUCCAAAAUUUUUAAUAUUGAAGAUGGAGAGGAUUUAAAUGAGGAAGAUGAUGGGGAGGUUGAAUCUAGAAGAGAAAAGCGAAUAAAAAUAUUAGAAUGGCAAUUAGAACAAAACAAAAAAGGAAUUAAACGAAAAUUUGGUGAAAUUGAUAAUUCUGAUAAUGAAGAGGAGGAGGAAAAUGAAAUACAACAAAAUGGGGUGAAUGAUCAACAAAUUAAUUCUGCCGAUUUAGAUGAUGAUAGUAAUGUUGGUGAAGGUGGUCUAUUUCAAUUGGGAGAACAAAUAUUGUUUGGAAAAGAAAAUGAAUUGUCUGAAAAAGAUAACAAUCUUAACGGAUCAACAAACAAAAAUUCAUUUCAUUCUAUACAACUUCCAACUUCUUCAACUACAUGGCGAAAAAAAGACUCUUUGAUCGAUAGAGCUAGCAAUCUUGAAGUUCUUUUUAGGAAUGGAGAUAUUAAUGAAAUAACUAAAUUUGGUACUGAGAGUUGUAAUUCUCUUUUCCAAAUGAAAAAUAUUUGAUAGAAAAUGUGAAAGGAAUUUGGAAGGAUUAUUUUUGUUUUUUACCCGAGGGGUUUUUUUUGGAUCAACCGUACUAUUCUUUGAAUUGUGGACCUUUGGUGGUCCAAUAUCCAAGACCUAAAAAUUUCCAUAACAUAAGCCCAAGACUGCACCCAAAGCCAAAAAUUCAUAAAAAUCAAAAUUUCUAUUAUUCCUUUCA